UGUGUUAGUUUUACGUGUAUUAAUACUCCCUCUAUUGCUGCUGCUCGCUUCUCUGUAUACUGUUGUGGUAGAAUAUGGCCACUUUGGUUAGGAUCUGCAUGUUAAUUGUCGUUGUGGGGAGGAUGUCUGUAUCAGCUAUCAGAUGCCACCACUGCUCUGUUGUUAAGGAUAACAACGAACCAGUUAAAGGAGAAAAGAUGUGGAGGGAUGAUGGAAGAUGUGGCCCUGGAUAUCAUCUUAAUAACACUAACAGUAUAGCACAGUGCAAUCCGGACUUAGGUAACGAGUGUUGCAGCUCCGACGGAUGGUGCGGAGGUUCAACCAAACACUGCUGUCAGGAAUGCGUCAAAUACGCUCGAUCUUUUGGGGACUUCGAUCUGCCAGUAUGUAAAAAGACUACCAACACAGAGUGCCCAGAGGGGGAGGAUGUUUGUAUCAGAGUGAAAAUAGCAACGAACACAACAAUACGUCAGGUUGAUCGGCACGUGACAAUCCGGAAGUGCGGGGUCCGCGACGCUGACUGGUGCUCGAAGUACGUGGCGGCAGGACACACGUGUGUUGAUGCGAGACAGUGUGGGAAGGAUCUCUGUAAUGGUGGAGAAGGGAGGCGGUGGAGUUGGGCGUUGGUUUUGGUUCCUGUUUUUAUUAUCCUCGCUAGGCAGUCAUGAUCACUCGCGAGACAUUGUUACUCAUAAACAGAGGAAGUAGUUGAAUCACAUAUUGUAGCCGAUCCAUUGUGCUGUAAAAUUUAAAAAGACGUUGAAAAUACAAUACGAUUGAGUGUUGAAAAAUUAUCGCUAUUUAAGAAAUUUUGUUUUUAAUUUUUCCCAUUUAUCAUUAUAGGAAUAAUUUGUAAUUGCAUGUUGUGAAACAUCGUCCUUCUAUUUGCUAGCAGUGUUUUAUCAUUCACUUAAUCAUGCAA